UAAGAAAACAUGGCGUCGUUUGUCAACAUUGUUACUGUAUGACGUUAACUUAUUAACACUGAUUUUUGCAUGUAUUCAUAGAUAUAGACUAAAGCUACUUAUUUUGACAUAUUUUUAUGUAAGUGCUCUUUAUUCGGUCUAUCUUCUAUAAAAAAAAAGCGGAUUAUUAAAUUUUGAAAAUCAAUUGCUAGUUUGCAUAAUGACUUUCAUCAUUGUAGAGAAUUUGCGAGGUUUUUUUAACAGUCGACCUCCAUUGGUUGUUUUUAUGAUUUGCUUGGCAUCUUUUGCCAUUGCACUGAUUACUUUUGCCUACAUUGUUAAAACAAAAGAUAUGCCCAAUCCAGACAUUUCUGAGGAUUGGAACACCUUUUUAAGUCGAGUGUCACAUCUGAGCUUUUGUGUCCCUCACAAUGCCUCCAUGGGCAACACUACGUCAGUGAAGCUGCAGGUUGCUGACCAGAGUCCAGCUGAGGUUUACAACAGCAUUAAGGAUAAAAUGCAGAAUGACCAAAACUCUCACUUUGCCAGUCCCUCCUCUAGGCAUAUUGUCAGGAGGUCUGUUUCAGGUGGGCAAGUGCCCACUCGAGAACAAGGCAAGAAAAAGAUAUUUUCUGAGCUAGAAGAGAUGACAACGACAGUGGCAACUAUGUCAGCAGACAUUGACAGCAACGUGACUCUAUUCCUCAAUGUUCAGAUAAAACCAACCUCUGAAUUUUUAUCACAGCCUUUAAGUUCAUUGCAUUUCACAGCCGGCAUUCCUAGGAGCAUGCUCAAAAUAAAAGGAGCUGAAAAGGAAGACAAAUUGAUCAUAACUAUGAACUUUCUUAGUAAUCUGAGUCAAAGCUUAUGCAAGGAAUGGAAUGGACAGGAAUGUACCCUUUAUGAGCUUAGCUCCUGUGUUACAUUCAGUGGGCCAGCAUCUAUAUUGCCCCAAACACAAAAGCCACACAAUGCAGAUAUGUGCAUGAAUUGGUUUGAUAUGACAUCUGAUAGCCUUCAAAAGAACAUGAGUGCUGCCACGCUAAUGAUGAGCAGCAGCAAUUUAUGGUGCCAGCAAGGUGUCCGCCUGUCUAUGGACUAUUCAUUUGAUGAAUCCCUCACUGUCAUGUUGUCUGAGCAAGACAGAUCCAUGAUAAAUUUACAUUUGAUGAGAACCAGUUAUUUCCUGUUUGUCAUGGUCAUCACAUUGUUCUGCUAUGCUAUGGUUAGAGGUCGGCCAACUAAGAUCAAGACAGUACAUGUGGUUUAUGAUAAGGUCUCAUCUCAGCCAUAAAGUUGUCAUGUCUUGUCUCAAGUUUUGAAGUUUUUAGGUGUGAAUCUAAACCAAAUAAGUUAUGUCAAUAAAAGACUUGAGGGCGUAGCUUUAGUUGAGUGAUGAGUAUUGGUCAUUUUAUUUAUUUAUUGAACCAUUCUGAAACAUUAGUGAGCAAAGGCUAAGAUCUAAUGUGUCCUGGUUUUAUAUGCUCAUGAAGUAUUACAAAUGUUGUUGAGUAUGUUGGCUUUUGUUUGUUUGUUGUUGAAAUGUUGUUAGGUUGAUGAAUAAGUGUUGUUGUUCUUUUUUUCAAAUGUUUCUAAGUAUGUUGGAAAAAUUGAAGUGUUUUUUUUAAAUGUUGUUUGGUAUGUGGAAUAAGGGAUGUUAUUGUUACUUAUCCUACUAGAUCCGAUCUUUUCAAGCAAACUGUCAAAUCUCAAAAGAGUCUGAAAGAAUUUAAAUGUGACAGCUUAUUGUGCUAAAAUGGCUGGCUGAAAUUUUGCACUAUGAAAUAUCUACAUGUUUGGUGUAAGCCAGUUUGGUUUAUUGCGGUUUGAUUAUUAAAUAUUGUUAUAUUAUGAUUUAUCCUUCUGUAAUGUUUCAUUAUACAUGAUUUUCAUCCACUAGAUAGAUCUGUAUUGUUGAGCACUGCCUAGUAAUACUCAUUUAAAUUGGUAUGUACUGAAUAUUUAGAACAAUAUUCCAUGCUCUAAUAUUACCUACACAUACUAAAGAGAACAAAAUAGAAAAAUUAUAUUCAUCGGCGAUUGUGUCAAAAGGAAUAUUAAUUUAGUUUGAAAAGUGAAAAGAACAUUUUAAACCAAUUACUCACAAAUGUCUCUUCAGAAAUUUUUUGUUUUAAUUAUAUUUUUUUGUAAUGUAUUUUUUGUUUUUUAAUCGUUUUAAUGCCAUCUUAAGAAAAACCCAAUUUUUUUAUUUUUUUUUUUGAGAAAACGAUGUACAAUCUUAUGUUUUUGACUUUACAUACAUAGUGGGAGACAAUAUAGUCCUUAAGAUCUUAAGAUUUUUUACUGUGUCGUAUAAGUUGAAACUUUGUAUAAGUCUGUAUAUUGUUUUCUUUUCUUCUAUUAAUUUGUUAUGUUAGCAUUGUUGAAAUGUAAAACAGCAAUUUAUUUUUUCAUAUUAAAGUAAAAAUGAUUUGUGCUAACAUUCAGCUUUUUAUCAAAACUGUUAUCUUUUCUUUUUUGAUUUCUGAGCUGAGAUCUUGUAUCCAUGCAAACAAAAUAUAUAUAUAUUUUUUUUUAAAUAUUAAAAGAUUGAUAGUGCUUAUCCUUAAUGUAGAUUUUUUAUUGUGGCACAUUCCUGCUUGUAGUUGGCAGUCACUUGAUGUAACAGACGUGCUGCCUAUGGUAGCCUAUGACUUUAUUGAAGAUAUUGUGUUGUUUUUUCAAACAUUGAACCAUUGAAUGUUGUAACACUUGUACCAUUAAUUUUUUUUCUUGGUUUUCAUUUUGCAUGCUGGCUAAGUCAAGUUCUGGCUAGUGUACUUCAUCAUCAUUUGUCAAAUGUAAAAUAACAUUUUUAUUUGGCUUUUGAAUGUGAGCAUAUCAUAGCUAAUCUGUCAUUUCCAAUGUAUUACCAGCCCUAAAAUGUAAUUGCGAUUUUAAAAAAAUAAUGUGGUCAUCAUUAAUUAAUUCUAAGUUACCAAAGAGGUUAAAAAAAUUAUCAAGUGGCUUUUUUUUUUUACUUUACAGUUAUUGAGAGAAAGGAAAUGUUGCAAUUUAGCUCCUUUUUUGUUUACAGCUAUUAGCCAACUUUAAUUUAAAAUAGGGAGACAAUAUUUGUUAAGCUAGCUUUCCAGUUGUCACAAUAUUUCUGGACGGAACAAAAGCACCACUACUGCUGAUUCCUUCGUCAUGUCAGGCAGUAUUCAUUGAUUAUUAAUGCAUCUAUAAUACAUUAUAUUAUUUGUUUCAUUUUUAGUUAGCCUUUUUUUUUUAAUGGGGAUGCAAAAGGAAGCAUUACUUCACUUUUUGCAUGUGGUUCUUAUUUUCACUGAUACCCUUUUACCAACUCUCAUAUGAAAAUUUGACUUUUGUUUCUCUGCGUUUAUGUGAGAAUAGAUAAUUUGUCAGCACUGUAACUGGAGAGUAUAUGUAUCCUGACCGCUGUUCUUGGUUUUAAAUCAUAAAGUGGUUGAUGGUCAAACCAACCUUUUAUUUGUUAGUAUUCAACCUAGAUGUAUGUGAUAAUUCUAAUGUGAUAAUAUGUUGUAUGUAAUACUAACAGCUUUCAAUCGUUUUCAUACUGGAGGGUUAGCUCUAACCUCAUAACCUAUUUAAUACAGUAUGUUAUUUUCUUGAUGUGAUGGUUUAUGUAAUGAAUAUUGUUUUUUUUUUUAAUUUGAACUUCAAAAACAAAAUAUUUUUUUCCUGGGGUACAUGAUGAUAGUGUUGACUCUCCCAAUGUAUUAUCUGUGACAUUGACUUUAGUACAUUUCUUUUUUUUCUUUACUUCACUUAAAAAAAAAAAAGUUAUAUGGUACAAUACAGGCUGAAUAAGUGAUCUGAAACAUAUAUAUAUACAUUUAAAUUGUGAAGUGACCCCCACAUUGUAUUACCAAAGGUCUCUUUAAAAAAAAAGGUAACAAAAUCUCGUUUCAGUAACUUGUGUUCCAGCUACAGUAAAUCUAGUAGGGCAAUGGAUUGUGAUUCAUCUCCAAGUUUUUGCACUCAAAGUAUUGCCUUGACAAUCCUUAGCUCCAAUCCCAUUGCAACAAGAUCCUGUAUUUUUGUUUUUCAAAAGAUCAAUUAAUUUUUUUAAAGUAAAAGCUGACUCAUUUAGUUCUAUUUUGUUUACUUGAAGGCUGUGAUGAAAUCAGGGGGUGAAGUCCUUAGUCUGGUAGGUAAUUAUUUGUUCCUAUGCAAUGACAACCAAAAUUCUUAUUUAAAGGUCUUGUUUUGCGUCCAAGGGCUUUGUUUCGUCCAUAUUUUUAACCUAAGAAAGAAAUAAGUUGAUACUGCAUUAUCACUUUCAAACUGAGAGAUAGCAGUUACCUGAUCUUUUUCUUUUCUCUGCUACCUUAGUAUGUUCUAAAGAGUAUCUUUUUUAGGCUUCACUAUUGUAUUGAGAGUUAUUUAUGUGCUUAUUUAAGAACAAAUUAGUGCUAUUGACUUUUACUUUGUAAGCUAAGUUUUACAAUUGUGUACAGUUGUAUGUACAUUAUGUAAAUUCACUUAAGGAGCUACAAAGAAAAAAAAAAGAAAUUUGAUAUAAAGAAAUGAAGUGCUCAGGUGCAGUUCUGGGAAGCAGUAUAUAAAAUAUAUAACAGCUUGAUGGAUGAACCUUGAAACUUCAUUGUUAUGUACUUUGUACUCUUGCUAAGUGUUUGCUUGACUGGUUUGCAUUCUUUUAAGAUCAUUUUGAGUUAAUUCAAUAAAAUUCUAAUUGUAUUUAACAUGUAUUGGAAAUGUAUGACUACAUUGUUACUUUCAAUAUCUCCUUCAUUGCUCAUCAUUCAAUAUUGGCCUUCAUGAAAUUGUUCCAGAUCUUACUGUAUGUUUAAUUUGAAGUGACACUUAUCAGACUUACAUACUUGUUAUCUAUUGAUUGUAUACAUGUGGAUGUUCAUUGAAUAAAACCAUAUUUUUAUUCUUUCUUUCUUUUUUUUCUUUUUAAAUUUUGUUGUUUUGAUGGGAUGUUUAGCUUUUUUUUUUUUUUAAAUUUCUAUUAAUUAUUUCCCAUUGAGCUAUAUUGAAGCUGAUCGCUUGGGCUGUAGGAUUGUGAUUGGGGAAAAAUAAAGAUCCUUUUGAUUUCUCUUUUAACUGUCAAAGAAAAGAACUUAGGGUGGAUGAUGAGGAGGAAUAAGCCACUUCUGCCAGUCCACUUUUCUUCACAGAAAUGGGAGAAAGUUAAUGGAACAAUCAGAAUUAGUACAACUUCUAAAUAAAAAAUCUAUUUGUUAAUUACCUUUUUUUUAAAAAAUUGCAUUGCUUCUGUUUAAAUUGUUACUAAUGCUUGGAAGAACAAAUUAUGAAAUAAAAAAAAAAAAUUAAAUGAAGACAAAAAAAAAAGCAUUGUUUUGGUAAUUGAAAUCAUCUUCAGGACAAAUAUUUGUGUUUGUCUUAAAAAAGGCUUUGAUGCCUGUUAUAAAUCUGUUUUAUUUCCAAUAUUUGUUAGAGCUUUCUAUGCUUCUUGUGAAUGAAACAUCAUAUUAAGCAAAUAUAUUAUCUGUUAUUCUUGCAGUUUGUGAAGAGAACUAUUAAAAAAAACCUUCGUGUUAUGACAAUACUGAUAUGUAUAACAAAAGAAAAUGCUUUUAUCAUACAAGUUAGUCGAUUAAUAAAUACAAAUAAUAUAAAGAACUGUUUCUAUUAUUUCACUGUCAUUUUACUUUAUAACAUUUCCCUUUUUUUUCCAAUUACAAUUCACUUUAAAAACUGGUUAAUAUUUUGGUGUUUCUUUUUUGUUGUUUUUUUCACAUAUCGACUGAUAUGGGUGUAAUAAUAAAAUAAUGUGUGUGUGUUUAAAAUGCAUUGGGAGUUCCUCUCCAUGACCAUGCAUGAGCCAUCAUGUAGUGUAUUUCUUAAGUGCUUGGAUUUAUGAUUAUACAUUAUUGUGUUUCCUCUGAAAUAAAAAUUUCAUUUUUUUCUUAAUAACAACAA